CCCCUUUGAAGAUUUGAAACUACAUAUUAAUUAUUUACAGGUGCCAUGGGCAAAAGGACGAGAUUCCAGGAGGACGCUAAGGCUCAGUUAGUGCUGAAAGUCCAGAAGGAUACAUCACAGGCUUCUCCAUGUGGAGGAGAUUUGAUACGCUCUCAGGAGAACCUGGCUUUGCCAAAAGACCUGGUCCUAGGUGAUGAUACAGUGCUCGAGGCCAUAAAGUUUGAAAAAGACGAACAAUUUGCUGACAACCUUUCGGCAAUAGACCAGGCUGUUGUGAUUGGGCUGAUGGAGAACUACAGACGAAGUAGAGCUAGCUUUGAAAGGUUGACAGAAGAAGAAUUAGAGGCCUAUGUAUCUUGUAUACUGGCCCAAGUGAGAUGCUGGUCAUCAUCUGUUCACUGUCUGGUCUUGAGAUCGACCUUACAAAAGCGCAGCAGUCGUCGUGUGGAGAGAUCCAUGAUGCAGAUUGAAGAGAUUGUGAAGCAGAUCAGCCGCCCUGAACCUCCAGCCCAGCCCAGACUCCAUCUGUUUUACUGCCAUAGAGUUCAGUCAUCCUGGAUGGUUAAGGUAACAAUACAGCUUGUUGUUGGAGUGGGAGUAAUAUUACGUUGACGGAACAGCUUGUUGUUGGAGUGGGAGUAAUAUUACGUUGACGGAACAGCUUGUUGUUGGAGUGGGAGUAAUAUUACGGUGAUGGAACAGCUUGUUGUUGGAGUGGGAGUAAUA